AUGGAAAAAUCCCCCUACGGCCUCGCAGCCAACAGAUCCUCCGACGCAGACUUCCGCGCAACGCCCCAAGACCUCUACAACGAUCUCGGAAAAACCUACGAAGACGCCUACAAACAAAACGAAGCUCAGGUCCGCUCACUACAAUGGCUCCUCACCACCCUCCAACCCACCUCCAAAAUCCUCGACCUAGGCUGCGGAACCGGCAUCCCCACCUGCAAAUUCCUCUCCGAAAACAAUUUCUCUGUAACAGGCAUCGAUAUCUCCUCCAAAAUGCUCUCUCACGCCCGUCUCAAUGCCCCUCUCGCAAAGUUCAUAGAAGCCGACAUUCUCUCCUCCACUCCACCCUCAUCCUCCGAAGAAGAACAUCCAGACGCAAUCGUAGCAUACUUCAGCACAAUCGGCCACGUAACUCAAAACGAAAUUCGCGCAUUCUUCAGAAAAGUCCACACCCUCCUCACCCCCUCCGGAAUUUUCAUCUACGCCAGUGUUCCUCUGGAAGGAAAUGAAAUUUUAAUUCAAUGGAUGGAUCGAGUUUUUCCAUCUUCGAGUUUUACAGCAGAGAAUACUUUGUUGGGAAUUGAAGCGGCGGGGUUUGAGAUUUUGAAGUAUGAAAUUGUGAAAUUUCGACCGGAUCGAGGUGAAGAAUCACUAGAAGAGACGCAGAUUUUUGUGUAUGCGAGGAAGAAGGAGUCGACAUGA